AUGUACGGGGAUCAGUUGUAGUCAAGGCUCCGGCUGCUCCGGCCGGUAGUGGGCAAAAGCUGCAGAUUGACACUUUGCACUUAUACCCGGCUACCGCAAUUGCUUGUCGCGUAUUUAUUUUUCACAUUUCUGACUGAUCGGAGCAGUUAUCUCAUUCGCGCCUAGCACUCCGGAAGAGAGAUAUUGCCACUCAGUACGACAUGACGGACGCCAAUAAGCCUGAUGCUUUUUAUUACUCUAUGAGCGGCAACAGAGAGGAGGAUGAGAAAUUAUUGGAACCGAUCAGGUAUAUUCUUCAAGUACCCGGGAAACAAAUAAGAGCAAAAUUAGCAAAGGCUUUUAACUACUGGUUAAGAAUAUCAGACGAAAGACUCCAAGCGAUCGAUGAUAUAGUAAAUAUGCUCCACAAUUCGAGCAUUCUAAUUGAUGAUAUUCAAGACAAUUCUAUUUUACGAAGAGGCAUUCCUGUUGCACACUUAGUUUAUGGAAUUGCUAGUUCAUUAAGUGCUGCAAAUUACGUAUUAUUUAUUGCUUUGGAAAGAGUUGUUAAUUUACAACAUCCAGCGGCAACGAAGGUAUAUAUGGAACAAUUAUUAGAACUUCACAGAGGUCAGGGAAUGGAUAUUUUUUGGAGGGAUAAUUUUAUCUGUCCAACUGAGGAAGAUUACAAGACGAUGACAAUAAGAAAGACUGGUGGGCUCUUUAACUUAGCGGUAAGAUUGAUGAAAUUGUUUUCAACUUAUGAAGAAGACUUUUCAUCAUUAAUAGCUACUUUAGGAUUGUACUUUCAAAUACGUGACGAUUAUUGCAACUUGUGCCUCGGUGAAUACACCGAGAAUAAAAGUUACUGCGAGGAUUUAACCGAAGGGAAAUUCAGCUUUCCGAUUAUUCAUGCGCUUAAAAGCAAUCCCGACGAUAGGCAAAUAAUAAAUAUUCUAAGACAACGGACGAAGGAUAUCGAGGUGAAGCGUCAUUGUAUUAAAUUAUUAGAGAGAUUCGGAUCCUUUAAAUACACGAGAAAUGUACUUGAGGAACUGGAUUCAACUGCGAGGACUGAAAUUGAACGAUUAGGUGGCAAUCCACUCUUGGUGAAGAUUUUGGACGAACUUAAGAAUUGGGAUACCAAAGAUGCGCCUAAGGAUCUCUUAACUGGAACGUUUUAAAUUUAUGAUUAUUUAUUUUUUGUAAAAACGGUGAGUGUAGCAUUAUGCAUGCUUUUUUGUAAUUAUAUAAGAUAAUUAUAUUAAUGAUGCAAGAGAACAGCAAAGGGAUGAUCACACAGUUAUAUAAAAAUAAUUUUUUUUAGGGGACCUAAAUAAACAAAGUGUUUUCCUAUCAACUUAAAUUUUGUUUCGCUGAAAACGAAACCGGCGGCAAAAUUGGUAUAUCAGGUUUUCGAGAAAAUUGAAAUUAAAUGUGCCAGAAUUGGCGUGUUGGCCAUAUUUACCAUUUUCUGUGGUCACAAUACAUUUUUUUAAUUAUAUUUACGCCACUAUGAAGUACUAUCUUUUACCUAUAAUAUGAGAAUUUAUAUUUAUUACUUUAUGAUUAUUAUUUUAAUUUUUCACCGAGUCAUGAAGGUUUUAAUUCCUCUGCAGUGUAGCUAUAAAAAUGAGCGUUCUGUCCCAUUUUUGUGUAAAAAGAAAUUUUUUAGAUGUCAUAAUUUUAUUGUUAAGAUAAUUAAAAUUGCUAAAUCUAAAUAUGAUAUUAGAAUUUUAAAAUUAAAAAUCACGGAUCCGAUAUGGCCGAAAUUGCAAAGUAGAUGGAUUUUUAAGAAAAUGUAUACCUUAAUGUUUUUGAGGCUGCUAAAUACAAAUAUGAUAAAAUUUUGUUAUUGAAAAUGACAGAUUGAAUAAUAUUUUAUUUAUGGAGUAUGGAGGCUUGUGCCUACGAUUUGCUUAUUAAUUUAUAAUUUUCAGAGCUUACUACGUGCAGAUUGUAGUGCAAUUUUGAAUUUCUUUGAGAUGCUUUUUUAAAGUCCGCUUGCCAAUUUAUAGGUAAAAGAUGGCAUUUUAAAAUGGCAUAAAUAAAAUUGAAAAAAAAUUUAUUUUAACCGCAAAAAAAUAAAUGUAGCCAAAAAUCAAUUUUGGCACAUUUAAUCUCAAUUUUCUUGAAAAUUUAAUGUGAUAGGCAAAUUUCGUCCCCAGAUUCGUUUUCAGCGAUUAAGAGUCAAUCAAAAACACUUGUUUAUUCAGAUCCCAAAAAAA